AAGCACUCGAUGAUCGCGAGAUAAAGGAAUUUCAGUAUUAGACUAAAAUAAGGUAGAACACGCUUUUAUGUCAAUCCUAAACUGAUCUCACUGAACUUUGACGAGAUGCAUUGCUAUAUCACUUGGCACCUCAUCUUACAGAACUUUAACAUGACUCGCGGCAGAUGAGGGAGCGUUAGUGGAGCUUCAGAGGCGGAGACGAUUUCAUCCGGAAAGUCGGAGAGAAGCCCUGCCGUAGCGCUCUACAUCUCUAUGCGGAGGGGCUGCAGUUUCUUGACGUCGGAGGAAGUGAUGUGCUCGUGAAAGUCUGUGAUUGUGGUUUAUCGUGGCGGAAAUGGAAGCAAGUGAAAGCUAUGGGAGGCGGAUUGGCCAAAUUGCUCGUCAUCUGAGAGGAACUUUCGGGAUCUUGAACCAAACAUGCAGUGGUGCCCGAAAGGAUGGUCGAGUGUUCUUCGCACGGCAAGCAUCUGAGAGCCAUGGCCAAUUCAUGCGACCAUUUCAGACGAAGAAGGAAUCAAAUGGUGAAACAAACGAAGUGGGUGGUCCGAUUCAACUGCCAGCUCUGGGUUCUGGCACAAUUGACGACAAGUGGAGCUCGUCGAGUGUGAGAGAUGACAAGGUCAGUGCAGACAGUGCCUCGGCACCAAGCUUCGCGAAGGUCGCCCCUGUUUCUGAAACCGCAACUGCGAAAAUUGAGCCAGUUAACAGCCAGUUGACUGCCUUUGAAGGCUUGGGAAGGAAACCUCUUUCGACGGGAUCACUGAAGGAACUCCCUUCAAACCUGGAUAAUACCACGACUCGAGGACAUGCCUCUCCGAGCAAAUCGGGAAGCGGUGUUGAGGGCACAAGGAAGUCUCCAUCCCCACCAGCGAAUUCCGAACAUCCAAAUCCCGGACGACUAGGGUUUGAGUGGUUUCCCCGAAUGGAUGUAGUGGAGUCAGGCACUGCGUAUGUGAUUACGGUAGAAUUGCCGGGGGUCAGCGCGGAUGGUAUUCAAAUCGAAGUUGUACGGGGCAGUUUGGUUGUUACCGGAAGUCGAGUGACAGAUUGGUGGAAGUCCAAUGGCAAUGGUGUCAAUGGUGGAGGGACAGUCUACCAUCGUCGCGAGUUGGCGCAGGGGCCGUACAGAACGGUUUGGCGUCUUCCGAAGAAUGGCGAUAUCAAUGGCAUCACUGCGGAGUUCAUAGAUGGAUUUCUGCGAAUACUUGUGCCGAAGAUCAAAGUCAUGACCUACUUGUAAAGACCUCCACUGCGCGGGUGAAACCCCGAAGUGAUCCAGGAUAUGACAUAACCUUGGUGGAAAUUGAUAAUUGGUUUGGUCAUAUGUACAUCAACAGUAUAUUGGGAGAGUCUUACAUAGUAUAGCGUUAGUCUUGUAAACUAAAAUUGAAUAAGCCAUAUCUGCUUAGCUGACUUGCUCGUCGGGCAGGACAUUGUUAUCGGCCCUAGACCCUCUUCCCAACAGGUCGUUGUGUCAGUACUGUAAUUAACUUAUCCGUGUACAUUUCAAUUCUCAUUUAUCGAGUCAAUUGUGUUUCUGACAGUCUCCGGAUUGAUCGAUGAGACUUGGAUCGGACCUUUGAAUCUUGUUGCAUGAAGAAGCACCCCG